AUGGUCCGACAAGAUCCCCACCAAGGAGGUAGCCUGUCCGAUAUGGCUCCCAGUGGUACUACUAUCCCCAAUGACGCCGGCAAAAUGAAUACCAUUCCCUCCGUCCUCGCCCCGACCAACGCGCCGAACACUUUGGCUUCGACAACGAUGGCAUUGCCGAACCAUCACGCGCCUUUGCCGCAGACAAUGCCACUGACUUGCCGCGCUCAACCCACCGGGGAAGUCGUGACGGGAACCGGAAACACUAUUCCUGCGUCCAUCGAGUCCAAGCGGGCGUAUAUGGGGUCGAAUAUUCCUGGUGGAGACGGUGAUACGAGGGAUAUCAAGCACCAUAACCAUAACCGGUCUGCGUUUGAUCGGUAUGCGAAGGAGGACGAGAAUGCUGGGGAGUUUAUUGGGGAGCAUCAGGAGAGGAACGCCUGA